GUUUGUGUGAGAGAAACAGCCAGGAGGAAGAGGGACAGAAGAGUAUGCGUUUCACCUCCUGUGAUCAGUUUUCCUUGGAGAUCCAUCAUCGGCAGCAUCUGUGGAGGAGAGCAGGAAGAAAGUGGCUAGAUUCUUCUCCCAUCACAAACCAGAACCUCAAACAAACACAAAUUCAUCGUUUCAUGACGGCGUGCUGAAUUUGUGCAUAUCUCUGGGUGAAAUCAGUCACUUUAAUGAAAUGGACGCCCCUCUUUCCACACCCUUUAAUAUCAAGAUCUGUGAGGUGACUUGUGACUCUUUUCGCAUCAUGUGGGACAUGGCCCCCGAGGAUUCAACCAGAGCUACACAUUUCUUCAUCGACCUGAGCCGCAAAGAGAACAGGGACCCCAACCGCUUCAAACACAGGGAUGUGCCCACCAAACUGGUGGCCAAAGCUGUUCCUCUCCCCAUGGCCGUUAGGGGACACUGGUUCCUCAGCCCGAGUACGGAUUACUGUGUGGCUGUUCAGACGGCUGUCAAGCAACCGGACGGCGACUACCUGGUGUCAGAGUGGAGCCAGAUAGUGGAGUUCUGCACGGGAGAUUAUGCUAUGGAACACCUGCAGCAACUCCUUGACAAGGCCAAAGGUUCUGCAGGGCGGCUGCUGAAAUUCUCUGUGUUCUAUCGCAACCAGCAUCCAGAUUACUUUGACUAUGUCAGGAGAGAAUGCGGUGGACUGAUGCGUCCAGCCCUAAAAGACACCAGCGGGAGUCACGGCUCUCCUAUUAAUGGCAAACUGCAUGGAGUCUUCUUCAGCUGCAACACAGAGUUUGAUACGGGGCUCCCUCCCAGAGACUCUCCGUACGGACCCCUGCGAUUCCAGAUCCCAGCUGGGUACCUGCUGAACCCUAACAUCUGCCUGUAUUUUGCUGACUUUUACUGUAUGUACACAGCGUACCACUACGUAGUCCUGGUGCUGGCCCCCAUCGGCACAGAGGGAGAUGCAUUCUGCCGCAGCCGCCUCCCCAUGCUGGAUUUAACCUCCAAUCCCUUCCUGACCUUCACUGCCCCCAAGAGGCAGGGGGAGGAGCCUCUGUACUGCCACGCUAGUGAUGUCAUCCUGGAGGUGCUAUUCACCGAGCCGAUUCCCUUGGAUCAGGGCGCUGUGGAGCAGAUCAGCGGGCACCACCAGCUAAUGAGUCUAACCACAGCCAACGCAAAGAAAGAUCCGAGCUGCAAAGUUUGCAACAUCAGCGUGGGGCGCUGAUGAACCAGUGCAGGACACAUGUGUGUUUAAGUCUGUGGCGCAGAGACACACAGCUGGACAAGACUAUAAAACAUCAGGUUGUUGAGACAGGCACAUCCUGGGACUUGUCAAAGCUGCCUCCACCUUCCUUCCUGCCUGAAGUAGAAGUGUUUUUAAAAACCGAUCCCUUGGAAAAAUCUAUGUAGCACAAAUUCAACAUGAUCCCAGCAGGGGAAACAAGUAAUAUUCAUACAAAGCCUCUGUAUGGAUUUAAAAAGUUAUCCCUUGAUGGGGUUUAGGUGCUCUCUUUUGUUGUUUGAUGUUUUCCACUUAUAACAUUAUAUCCACCUUCCUAAGACGUUGCCUUGUUUGAGAUAAAGUAUUAUGAACAAUGCAAAAGUACUCAUCCCAUUAACUUCCUUCAUGCAAUGUCUUGCCAGAUUUUCUUACUGAUCAAACCUUAAAGAACACGUUCACUCAUUUUCACCACAUCUGCAGUGGUCUCUAGUAUAAAAGUGUCUUGUGAGUCGAUCUCCAUGAAAAAAUGUUCUGACCUUCCUGUUUCAGGAAGUGACAGUCAGAGGGGUAGGAAGCAGAAGAGGGUUUGGAGUCUUACUUCCUGAUUUUGAGAUAUCUUGUCUCUGAUUGGCUAACAGCAACAUGACUCUACCGCUAACUUUGUUUAUGUUCAUUAUUAUCUCCACAAAUAACACAAGCCUGGAGGAGUUCUGCUGUGGUGGGGAGAUGCUAAUGCUAACAGUUAGCUUCUACUAGCUAAGACAUAUGCUCUGCUCUCCUGGAAGCUAAAUCAACAACAGACUUCCCCCGUUACGAGGUUACUGUGACAUAGAUCUGACAGGCUUUUCUAAUCCGAGCGUUUCAUCCUGUCUCUUUUCUAUCGGCGGCUUAUGCAGGAAACGGGGUGGAAGACUUUUUUCACGUUCAGCCUGAAUGUGAAACUCAAAGUGACCGAUUGUUUUACAAAAAAUGAAAAACUGUUUCUCGGUGAACUUGCUCUUUAAUGUGACCUCAUGUGCAUGAAUCACUGCUACGCUUGUUUUUACCUUCGGUCUGACGUGUCCACACACCUUCCUGCUUUUAAAGCUAACAUCAGUGUAUUAUUUAAAACUAGCAAACACUUUUAAAGUAAAAUAAAUGCAGCGGGGUUAUGUGUGAGAGAAUAAUAAUGAGGAGUGGUUCGGAGGUCUGUACACAAGUCUCAGCUAAGAUUAGCUUGUUCCCUGCUCUGGGCCCAGUGAUCUCUGACCUUUUUGGUGAUGCCAUCUAUGCCUCAUAGCGAAAGGGAUCCCUCUCUGUUGCACAACAGUAAUUCACAAAAUUUAGACACUAGAGAGCAGAGUGAAAAACUACAACAGAUGACUUUAAUAAUUUUAUUCAAACAAAAAAGAAAAUGUCAUAAAAAUGUGCACAUUCCAACUCACAUGCGUGGUAAAUCUAGUGACCAAAGGUGGGGUUGGCUAUGCCCUUUCACUUAGACCUUUGCCGUGGCAGAGGUGUGAGCUCACACACACCAGGAUGCUGUAAUUCUGUCCGUUGUUAUUGUCCCAGAAGGGCUCACUCUGCCCAGCAGGCAAAUACAUUAAACAGAACUCGAUCUUCCUCUUGGCGUCCAGGACUUUAGGAAUAGCUACUUCAAAUUCAAAGAUGUCUGUCUGCGGGCCUCCAAAGCGUUUCUGCAGGUAUGUGCAUGGUACGUCCCUGUGGCUGUGCCAGGAGUCAAAGGUAAUGUGGACACGCACGUUUUUCUGGAAGCUGAUGUUCCUGACCCGGACAGUACCUUGUAGGGCUUGCUCAUUAACGGUGCAGCUCUCCAGGAUCACCAUGCUUUCUGCCAGCUUGGCCCGAAAGGCCUGGAAAUCUAAAGAGGGCUGCGGGAAGCCAAGUUUGAGUUGUGUCCCUGGGCAGCAGGUGCUGACGGUGCAGCUGUAGCCGUCCCCCGUCAUGCUUCCCAAACCCUGCAGCGAGGGCAGCAGGCCGAGUUCAGACUGGUCCUCUUCAUCGGAGAACACUCGUUCAUCUGCUAGAGAAAACCCUAAAGAGUCUGCAAACACCACAUGCUUGUUCUUGAUCGGGAACAGAACAUCAUCAUAGACGUCCUCCUCCAAGUCAUCGAAGAAAGAUGAGGACAGAAGAGUCUGGUGUCGCGUGACGUUGGCAGGCUGCUCUGAUACCGGAUUCCGGAUGCAAGGCCGCAGGGGCUUGAGUAUGGGAACCCACACAUGAGGACACAGCUGUUUACGCUGGUUUAAGCACAACCUGACGGCGAUCUCCACCAGUCCGGCCGUCUGGGCCAUCGACCCCAGGCCAACCACUGGCAGGACACUUGCAAGGAUGUAAAACAGGGAUUUCAAUAAGAACUGCUGGUUUAACUCUCAGGUGCAUAAAAUGCAUCAAGUCAUGGUGACUUAUUUUACCCUCACUUCAAAAGAAGGUAAUUCAUCACGGUUCAGGACUUACGCUGGACUCGUCAUCCUGCUUCUGGGGUCACAGGAAUGUUGUCCUCAAUGUUAGGCUGCAGUUUGAGAAAACGGAGAACUUUUAUGCCAGAAAUACCAUAAACGUGAUCAUAAAAACGGUAAAGCUUCAGAUUUACACUCAUAAAUAAAACCGUAUGCCACGAGAUUAAAAACUCAAAAGCAAAUCUUCAAAAAAAUCUCACCUACAAACUCAGAUGAGCAGCAGGUUAAAGUGCCACUUUUAUCCUUCUACCCACCGAGGAAUCUGGUACCAAGUCCUAUUUAUACCGGCUCAUCAAGGAAGUCAUGUAGUAGACUCCGCCCACCUCAGCCUCCCGACCAAUCAGCCAAAAGGUUUGUUGUGCUCCUUUAACGUUUUAAUAUGCCUAAUAGCAUUUGUUCUUGUUGAAAGCAAUAUGUUCCUGUUUAAAUGUUUGUUUCUUAAAGUUGACUUUGAUGGUAAUAAAAGACAUAAAUAAGGUC